AUGUCUGUUCAUUUGCUGAAACUGCAACGAUAUUGGAGUCAUUUUGAUCAAUGUCUUAGAUAUCCUCAUUCGUUAAAUAAAUGGAAUCAAGUCUAUAGACUCUUUAGCAACGUUUCCAAUGUAUCAUCUCCGGUAGCUCAUCGGUUAAAUACAGUUGUACCAAAAGGUUUUGAAAAAUAUUUUCCUGGUAAUGGCGGCAAAGGACCAAAACCAAAAGAUCCAGCCGGAAGUCAACGUCCACCGGCACCGCCGAAAGAACCUGCACCUGGUGAAAUACCACCUGAAGGCGGACAGCCUAAACCAGUGACACCCGGUCCAAGUCCGGGUGGUCGUGGAGCUCCUUCGCCGCCCCCAUCAGGUCGUAGUACAGGCAGCGGUGGUGGUAGCGGUUGGCGUGGCCUAGAAUUCAAAUUUACACCAGGAGAUCAAAAUCCGUUUUUUAACAAUCGUACAGCUCUUGCUCUUCUUGUUGGCGGUGGUAUUGCUGCCUACUUUUCAUAUAAUAAUACUUUAUACAGAGAAAUAACAUGGAAAGAAUUCGUUUCCACUUAUCUCUUGAAAGGAUAUGUAGAUAAACUCGAAGUUGUCAAUAAGAAAUGGGUUCGCGUUAAACUUCUUCCUGGUGCACCAGAUUCGCUGCAUAGUUUAUGGUUUGCUAUUGGAUCAGUCGAUUCAUUUGAACGCAAUCUUGAAAACGUCCAAACUGAACACGGAAUCGAUGCCGGUGGUUACGUACCGGUGUUGUAUAAAACAGAAGCUGAUGCAAGUACAGUAUUAAGUGCAGCGUCAUGGUUAUUGCCGAUUGUUUUCUUUGUCUGGUUAUUUCGGCGUGCUGGUUCUGCGAUGGGACAAAUGGGUGGAUUAGGAGGCAAAGGAUCUGGUGGAAUGUUCGGCAUAGGAAAUACUACAGCAAGAAUUGUCAAAGAGAAUGUUGGUACAUCAUUCAAAGAUGUUGCUGGAUGCGAAGAAGCUAAACUUGAAAUCAUGGAAUUUGUUAAUUUCUUGAAAAAUCCUCAACAAUAUCUUGAUCUCGGAGCGAAAAUUCCUAAGGGUGCUAUUCUAACUGGACCACCCGGCACAGGAAAAACUUUGCUAGCAAAAGCGACAGCUGGUGAAGCUGGUGUACCAUUCAUAACCGUAUCUGGCUCUGAAUUUCUCGAAAUGUUCGUUGGUGUUGGUCCAUCUCGAGUUCGUGAUAUGUUUGCAUUAGCACGUAAGAACGCACCAUGUAUCCUAUUCAUUGAUGAAAUCGACGCUAUCGGACGAAAACGUGGUGGUCGUUCAAUGGGCGGACAUAGUGAACAGGAAAAUACUCUCAAUCAACUUUUAGUCGAAUUAGAUGGAUUCACACCGCAGCAAAACGUAAUUGUUUUAGCAGCAACGAAUCGAAUGGAUAUUCUCGAUUCGGCUCUGUUACGUCCAGGCAGAUUCGAUCGACAAAUAUAUGUAGGUUUACCAGAUAUUAAAGGACGUGCAAGUGUAUUUAAAGUGCAUUUGCAACGUUUGAAAACUGCAUUAGACAAGAAUGAAUUAUCAAAGAAAUUAUCAGCUCGAACACCAGGAUUCUCUGGUGCUGAUGUUUCCAAUGUUUGUAACGAGGCAGCAUUGAUUGCUGCUCGCGAUUUAAAUAGCGAAAUUGAAUUGAAACAUUUCGAAGCAGCUAUUGAUCGUGUCAUCGCUGGUAUGGAGAAGAAGUCGCAAGUUUUACAACCAGAAGAAAAACGACAAGUUGCAUUUCAUGAAGCUGGUCAUGCUGUUUGUGGUUGGUUUCUGCAACAUGCCGAACCCAUUCUUAAGGUAUCGAUUAUACCGCGUGGUAAAGCGCUUGGUUAUGCGCAAUACAUGCCCAAGGAGCAAUAUCUCUACACGAAGGAUCAAUUAUUCGAUCGCAUGUGUGUAAUGUUAGGUGGGCGUGUUGCCGAAAUUUUGUUUUUCAAUCGCAUAUCAACAGGUGCACAAGAUGAUUUACAAAAAAUAACUCAAUCAGCUUACUCUCAGGUGGUUCGUUUCGGUAUGUCUGAUAAAGUUGGCUAUGUCUCCUUCGACAUGCCCCAGCCUGGAGAUAUGGCAUUUGAUAAGCCAUACUCCGAAGCAACGGCACAAUUGAUUGACGAUGAGGUUCGAGCAAUCAUCAAACGUGCUUAUGACUUUACUGUUGAAUUGUUAACAUCGAAAAAAGAGCUGAUUGAAAAAGUAGCGAAUCGUCUUCUGGAACGGGAGAUUUUAUCACGCGAUGAUAUGAUUGAAUUAGUUGGUGCACGACCAUUCAAAGAGAAGACAACUUAUGAAGAGUUUGUCGAAGGAACAGGUUCAUUAGAAGAAGAUACGACAUUGCCCAAGGGUUUGCAAGAUUGGAAUAAAGACCGACAAAAGGAAAAAGAACAGCAACAAGUCUCAAACAAAUAG